GAACAGAUUUUUUGGAAAGCUUUUAUGGAUGAAGUCGAUAUAAAAAAAUGGAAUGCUGCUUCUGAAUAUGUUAUAUAUUUUCAUUUUGCUAUAAAAAAUUAUCCGAAUGAUUUAGAAUUAAGACAUCUUAACACUUAUGAUCUUAUUUAUGAUUCAGAAGAAGGCAAUAAUGAUAUUCUACAAAUUUUAGUUCAAUUUGCUCAAUAUACUGAAUAUAAAGGUGUCGGAUUUCAUUCCUUUCUUAAUCUUAAUGAAAGAUUGAAAUCAAUGGAUUAUGUAACAGAAUCAUUGCAAAAAAAAAUGUUGAAUGAAAAACCUUUAUGCUUUAUUUUAAAAUUAUGCAAUG